AUGUUAGGCUCUUAUUUUUUGAAGGAGCUGGAAGAUGAGAAGCCACAGUCGCAUGAAUUUAAUAAGAAAUGGCGACUUUCCGGCAUCCAGAAGAUCUAUUACAACACUCUAGAAAAAGAAGUGGGAGGCUAUGGAUCAUUGCCUGGUAAGCUGAUUUGGCCUACGAGUUUGACGACAACCCCUGACGGUGACUUGGUGGUGAAAGACAGCGGAACCGGACAAAUCCAGGUCUUCAACCCUGACGGCCGGCCAAAGCAAUGUUUUCCCUACGGAUUUGAACCAAUAAAAGGUUUGGGAGACAUCACUUGCAUGAAAAACGGGGUGUUGCUCGUGACCAAUGGGACAAAAAUCAUCCAGCUCUUUUCGAAAGAAGGCGAGCUGAUCCAUGAACUGAAGUCUCCCAAAAUAAACUGGCCUCAUUCGUACGGGAUAGCGGUGAUGAAGUGCGACAACAUUGCGGUGUCAGACUGGAACAGUGGAGGGAAAGUCAACAUUAUCGGAGUGGACUGGAGAAUGAAUGCUGUCCUGAAGACACAUGCGAUAGAAGGAUUUCAUAGGCCAGUGCGUGUGGCGGUCAAUAAGGAGGAAGAGAUGUUAGUUACAGAAGGACAGCUGUUUGGGAGAUUUCAGGGCUGCUGCAUCAAAGUUAUCGACAGGAAACGGAGCGUGUCAAAGACGAUAGGGCCUCAGUAUGGGAAUAAAUUCACAUUUGAAAACCCUUCCGGAGUCUGCGUGGACAGUCACGGCAACGUCUUUGUCUCUGACGAAGCACAAAACUGCAUUGUGAUGUUUAAUCCAGACUCCUCUCUCUGUGCCGUUGUGGCCACCCACGGCCUGCAAGGGCCCAGCGGACUCUCAGUGCUGCAUCACGGGCUGGUGGCAGUUGCUGACUGUUACAACCACAGCGUUAAAAUCUUUCGGUACAAAUAAGUGCCCGUUGGCAUCUUCAACCAACGAGAGAACUGGCCUGAAUAAACACAA